AUGCCGACGAUAUCUCCGGACCCACAUAUGCGGGGCGGUCGGGACGGGUAUUGCCGUUUUGCCAGUGUUCAGCCAGCCCUGAGCCCCAGUGUUGCGCUAGACCUAAACCCUAAUGUUGAGCCAGACCUGAGCCCAAGUGUAAAGCCAGACCUGAGCCCAAGUGUUGAGCCAGACCUGAACCCCAGUGUUGAGCCAGACCUGAGCCCCAGUGUUGAGCCAGACCUGAACCCCAGUGUUGAGCCAGACCUGAACCCCAGUGUUGAGUCAGACCUGAACCCCAGUGUUGAGCCAGACCUGAACCCCAGUGUUGAGCCAGACCUGAACCCCAGUGUUGAGCCAGACCUGAACCCCAGUGUUGAGCCAGACCUGAACCCCAGUGUUGAGCCAACCCCAGUGUUGAGUCAGACCUGA